GCUAGGCUCUAAGCCCUGAUCCAGCCCAAUUCCAGUGUGUUAACUCUGCCCUUAUCUAAGCUCAUAGGCCCUCUUGUCAGGAUGCAGGAAUCCUGGGUCCUGGGCGCACUCACUCUGAUCUUUGGCCUGCUUUCCAGUCUGCAAGGAGUAAGCGGCAAUGAGACUGUACAGACCUGUGAAGACUUACACUGCCCCAAAGGAUUCAUAUGCUGUGAAAAUGAAUGCUGUCAGGAAAGCAAGAUCUGGGAUCCUGAUACUGAACGCUUCACCAUCCCACUGAUCGUCUUUUGUGUCAUCGCCUUCGCCCUCCUGUGCAUCUGUGGCCUUGUGAUGUGCAAGUGCAAAGGACGACACCAUGACCUCAAACCAGGAGAUGAUCAGACUCCUCCACAUCCACCCUCCAAAGCUCCUCUAGAGAGCAUUUGGGUCACCGUUGUUCUGAAUUCAACUGGGACUGAAACACGUCCUCCCUACAGCCUCAGGCCUGAAGGCCUUACUGGCCAGAUGAGAGGGCCUCGCUAUGCAACCCUUUGACC